UGACUCAGUGGAACUGUAGAAGCAGCGCGCAAUAGAUUCAGUCUUCACUGCAGCGCUCACUGAAACACACUCUCUCUCUCUCUCUCUGUCUCUCUCUCUCUCUCUCUGUCUCUGACAUCAUGCCUCGAACACACACUCCUCGGGCAGCGACUGGAGCAGAUGAACACACCACACACGGUCCACACGUGGCGCAGAGCCGUCACUGAGACACGGAGCAGACUCUCGCAUCCGGAUAUCCGAGGAGAUAAAGGGAUUAGUGUUCUCUCCCUUGGAGGAAAACAGAAGAAGGGAAGAACGACAGAAGAUGCUGAUCUGAUGGAUAAUGUGCAGAUGAUGGAGGGAUGAUGGGAAUCUCCCACUCUUCUACAGCACACUCGGGAUUUUAACCAGACGCAGCGCAGCCAGACAUCUGCAGGAACUCCACUUGUUUUAGUGUGUGUGUGUGUGUGUGUGCGCGCGCGCGCGCGCGUGUGUGUGUGUGUGUGUGCGUGCACAUGUUCCCACAUGGCGUGCUACUACAUCGUGAUCAGCUCCACACACCUCAGCAAUGGACACUUCCGCAACAUCAAAGGAGUUUUCAGAGGACCGCUGUGCAGAAACGGCAACUUGGAUUAUGCGGAAAAGGAGAAAUCUUUGGCUAAAGCUCUGGAGGACCUGAAGGCUAAUUUCUACUGCCAGCUGUGUGAUAAACAAUACUACAAACAUCAGGAGUUUGACAAUCACAUUAACUCUUAUGACCAUGCACACAAACAGAGGCUGAAGGAACUAAAACAGAGGGAAUUUGCCCGCAAUGUGGCUUCCAAAUUAAGGAAGGAUGAGCAGAAGCAGGAACGAGCACUUCGGCGGCUACACAAAUUGGCCGAACAAAGGAGAGAGGUUCAAUGUGCUCCUGGAAGUGGCCCGAUGUUUAAAUCCACUACGGUGGCAGUGGAAAGCUUCAAUAAAUCAUGCUUCAUGGAUAAGGAGGAGAACAUUGCAGAACAGGAGACGGAAUCUCAAAUCCCCUGGCCAUAUCGAGGAAAAGCGAAGAAACAAACUCUGCGUCGCAAGAUCGCGUUCUCCUUUUCCUUUCCAAAGAGAGCCUCGCUGAAGCUGGAGUCUUCAGCUGCAGUCUUUUGUGAGAGUACUGAUGAGAAGAAGCUGAUUAAAUAUGAUACAGAGAUGAUAACACAUCAAAAGAGUUCCACCAAAAGUUCCCUGAAUGAUGCAAUGCCUGCCUCAGAUCUGUGUGCUUUCCUCGUUUACUCAGAGGACAGAUCAGUGUCUCCAAUUAACCACUUUCCAACUGUUCCUGGAAGCUCGGAUCUCAGUCUGGACUCGGAGGAGAGCAAUAUAGCUGAAAAUAAAGAAGAUAGUGGUCAGGAAGAGAGCACCGUAAGUGAUGCUCCUCAACCAACAUCAUGUGCCGUCGAUUCAUUUCAAAGCCAAGAAAAAGACAACACUUGUCUCAAAAGACCAAGCCAACCUUUCAUCUCCGUCAUGGGUCGAGAUGGUAAAACCAUCUUCCAAUGGCCAUCAGAAAUGGUGUGCUUCACAAAAGCAGAGCCCUCCAUCUCAUUUAGUUGCAACCCUCUCCAUUUUGACUUCAGAGGUUCCCAGUUCAGGAAGUCUCCUGAUGACAGUCAGAACAAAAAUGACCCAGAAUUGUCUUUCCUUUCUGAAAAAAGCCCAAAAAUGUCCCCUUCUUCCUGUGAGAUAUCGACAGAGGAGGCCACAUGUAGAGUGGAGAGAAAUAUCCGAAAGUAUCACCUGUAUUCCAGCGAUGCACAGAGCAAACGCAAGCAUUUGAAAAAUUGGGCUCAGAGUGGUAAGAGAGCGGAGGACAAAUUGCAAGGCAGAAAUCGACGCCAUUACAGGAGUCAGCACAAAAAGAGGCACAAGAGAAGAAGUAGGUGGGAGGAGGAGGAUCACAGCGACUUGGAGCAGAGUGCAAACAUGAAAAAACGGACUGAACUCCACAAACGAGAAGGAUUUGAAAGCCAGUUUAGAGGUUGUGCUGCACAGCAAGAGCAGCCAUUAGAGAAGUCAAAGCAAUCAGCUCAGAAUCAGGCGGAGAAUAACAGCGUUGUUUCCUCAGCAGGAGGCUCUGUUGAAGCUGAAAAGGUACUUGAUAGCAGCGGGGGAAUGGUAGACAUCCCUUCUUUAGGGCAGACAAUAAUCACACAAAAUGACUCACACCGUCUCAAUGUGAUUCCUUCUGAUUGUGAAACAUCAGCCUCAGAUCACAGCAGCCCAACUAUACCAAAGAAACGACAAAGUGACUCCCAGAGCAAAGAGGAUAAUGAUUGGUCAGAUCAUACACAGUGUAGUGUGAUUGAGGAGCUAGAUGAAGAAGAUGUUUUGUGUCAAAAUCAUGGACAAAAAAGACAAAAGUUGGACCAAAGUCCUACCACAAAUCUCACUGAUGAACAUCCUGUUUGUGUUUUAAAUGGACCGGAUGUAAUGGUGGACAUGGAAUCAACAUGGAAUAUGCUCAAUUUAGAUCCAGGCACAUGUGAUUCUGAAGAAGGAGAUAAUGCAGCAGGUGAAGCAUCCAUAGAUAAAAACCCCAUUUCCACCUCAGAGAUAAAUUCUCAGGCUCUACCUGAGCGAGCUCUGCAGCGUAAAGACACAAAUCAGCUUCCUACCGUCCAAAAUGGUGACUCGGCAAUAGAGAAAGAAUCUGAAAAUGAGUGUAAGAAGUGUGCCAUCACAUCUCGAGUCAAAGAAAAAGAUAAAGUCAGCCAUGAUAAAUCCUGCCAGCACACACCACCAUUGCCAGGCUUUCAACUUGUGGACGAGGAAAGGCAGAACUGUGCAAUCCAGAGUCCAUUCAACCCAAUGCUGUGCUUUACGUCUCAACUCAAUGGUGUGGAGAGGCAUGGCCUUCUUCACAGCCACAGCCACAAACAGGUUUUGCACCAGAAGGUGUUUUCAGCUAAAUUCAGAUCUACGCUUCCCAUCUCCUCUCCUCUCCUUCACCCUGUUCACUUAGCAUCUGCCAUUCCAUCCAGUUCCAUCACCGUCCUUCGGCAUCACUCCACCUUCCUGCCUGCUCAGCCUUCCCUCUUUACCCAGGUAGUACCUGUUACCCGGCUUCCCCUUGCCCCUGAAAUCACACCCUUCAUAACCUCAUCUCAAGUUCCGAUGGUGGCUCCACCCACUAUCCACACAACGGCCGUGACAUUCCACACUUUACCCCGUCCUCAAGUCUUUCAGCCACUCCUGCACCCCCCUGCUCCUUUUCCACCCUUACUACCCCCUCACACUACCGUCUUCCCCCUUCAGCCUCUCUUCUGAAAUUACUACAACUUGGUAAAAUAGCUAUAGUGGUAAAAUCUUACAAAAUACAUUCUGAAAUUACGUACAUAACAGUAAUAUACAUAAAUAUACCACUGGGGGAACAAACUAGUGUCUAUGCCAUUUUUUUUUACCAGGUGUGUUUGUGUCUAGAUGGAUAGGACAUUACAGAUGUUAGCACUUUUUACUAAAAUAAUUUAGCAAUCGGUCAGGUAAAUGACAAUUCUUUCUUACUAAUGAGCCAUGGCACUGCAAGACAAGCAGCAUCACUUUACAGAUCAUUUAAUUCUAAAAUCUUAGUUUCUUUAGUACAUAUGUCAGAGGUGAAGGAUCUCUCAGCUGUACACAGACGCUAAAGGAAAACUCCAUCACGAAUGACUUGCACAUUAAUCAUUAUAAUGAACCUGUUAUCUUCAGUGGCAUCCAAGAUUUAUUUUACAAUGAAAUUCUGGGGGGUUUAUUUUCCUAAAUUACCCACAAUGCCAUUCCAGCUGUCAGUCACUACCUGCUGAUAGUGGUACAGUGAAAUUUAGCCCUUACUAUAUCGCCAAGAAAUCAUGGCAGCAUCGUGGUAAUACCGCCAUCAGUGCCACUGAGUCCUAAAAAGAAAUGUUCUUUUUAGGACCUAACAGCAAUAUCUGAGUGGUUGAGAUCUUCUCACAGGAAUCAGGAGAAAUACAGCACUAACCAACAAAUCAGCCCCAGAAUCACCAAACAAACACACCAGUAAUAUUUCAGUUUAAAUCUGUUUAAUUAACAUUUUAUUUCAGGGUGGAGUUUUCCUUUACAACUUGUGUUUUUAUACAUCUGUUAGCUCAGAAUUAGCUCAGAGAUAUGUGUAUUAUAGGACGUAAAAUAUUCUUUACUCAGUGUUUUAAACAUAUUUAUCUGAAAUUUUAAGUCCCACAUAGCACAGGAUAGCAAGAAUGUAUGCAGACAUGCAUUCAAAACAAAACAAAGCAGACAUGCAUUUAAAAAAUGUGCAAUCAGUUGCUCAUACAACAGACAUGAUGCAUAACAUCUUUAUUUAACCAACACUGACCUCAACUGCAGUUCUACGGCAUUAUAAUAGAAAAAGCACAAAGCGUUAAAACACAAGUUUCUUCAUGAAGACUGUUAAAAAUGUAGGAAAGUGUUGUAGAAAAUCAGAUUCUGAACCUAAAGUAAUUUUCAAAUUAUAGCCACAUUAAAUUUACUCCCAAUUAGAAUUAUUUUACUAGUAUAAAAACUAACUAGAAAACACAUUAAUAGUAUGAAUAGCAAGAUAAUUGGCUAAUUAGCAGUUAGCAUAUGCUACAUGCCAAAGCCGGAUAGAGUGCAAAGGGACCACUGUAGCCACUGAUCUGUCCAAAAUGUGUGAGAUAUUUAUACAGGAAUACAAACGUGACUCCUGAUGUGAUAUACAAUACAAACCACUAAGACAUAAUUAGCUCCAUGCAUCUCCGUACUCCAUAUAUAAACACACUACUUAAGGUAUAAAUUAGCAUGGUUUUGUCUCCUUUUAGGGAGUAUGAAGCGGGUUUGGGAUUAAGCCAGUUAUAAAACAACUGUGAUUUCAGUAGAUAUGUCUUGUUAGAAGUUGCUAGAAUGGUUAAUAUUUGUUGUUUGUGUUUAUUUUUAUGUAUGAAUUAUUUGAAUAUAAAGAUCAGAAGUGGUUCAUGGAAAAUCCACCCAUUUAAAUAAAAUAUGCACAUUUAAGAAGUCCUAAAUCUGAGGAUGAACGUCCUGUUAAUGCCAAAUUCAUUCACAAUAAAGGGAAAGUGUAAUGUGGAGGUUUUGAUCAUCCUGGUCAUGCUAGGUGUCUCGUAGUAGUGAAUCUAGGUAGAAUGGACUUGUGUUUUAUUCCUUGAGAUGAUCAUUUGUUCAUCUGAAGUUCUGUAGAAGUCCUGCUUGUAAAAUAGGCAGAAGCAGCAUUUAGUCACUAAGACCUUCUCUUGACAUGAUGUAAACAUUGUUGUCUUUGAAAAAAUUCCUCAGGUCCAUACUCAUCAGUCUACCUAUACCAAAAUCAACAUUUUAGUGAGAUCCACAUUGCAGAAAUGUGACCCAUUACAUAGUUUAAAGCUCUCUCUCUCUCUCUCUCUCUCUCUCUCUCUCUCUCUCUCUCUCUCUCUCAUUGUUCUCAUUUUCUCUCUUACUUCUUCUCACUAAUUACUGAAAAAUACUCUGCAGCUACCACGGGUUACAUCAGCUAAUGUUACUGCAAUCAGAUAAUAGCAAGCUGAUUUGGCUAACAAUGUUAUGAGUAGUUUGCGUUUUACAAACCACCAACUGCCCACAUAAACUCAAAUAUUUAUACCCUAGCUAUGUCCGGCGUGCAUCGCAUAUCUCUCUAAAAGACGUUAGAGUCUGAUAGAGUAGUGAGCUCAUGAGAUUAAGUCUUGAGAACCAAUCAUCACUGCUGAUGGUCUUAGAAUGCAGGUUUUUCCAUAUAGUAGGUUCUGCCAUGACAUAAUCAAGACUUUGCUGUUUCCAAGUCAAACUUGACAACUGGAGAUGCAACGUGAGGAGAAAAAUAGAUCUUCUGAAACAAGUAGAUGAUUUCCUCAUUCAGGGCAUGAACACCCUUCAAUAUUCAAUGGUGCAAAAAUACAGAGAAACAGUCUUUAAGUAGAAAUAUGGGAACUAUGUCAAAAUCUUACUCAGUUAAAAGCAGAAGCCAAAAAUCUACUUCACUGAAAGUGAGAAAAUGUCAACAUUUAAUCACAACAAACACUAAUAAGGUUGCAUUAAGGACAAAAAAUUUAUAAACUAGCAAAUGCACCAACUUAAAGCUAACUUACAUGCUUAUCAACAUGCUUUUUUAGAUUUGGAUAAGACUGAUGCAGGCUCGAACAGGCUCGGAUGUUCCAUUUAUUGAUUGUCUCAAUAUCGACUUGUGCAUUUUUGCUGGAAGUAUAAUUAAAAAGAAAUCGGUCAUGUGUGCUGCAUUGAUUAAUGGGCGGUGCCGGCCUUCGCAGCUGUGUCCUGGUUUAAUUGACAUUGAUGUGAAUUUGAUUAGAUGCCCUAAAAAAACUGUUUAUCUUAGCAGCAGGGCUUCAGAAAUAUCUCAUGCCAUGUGAGAUCGUUAAACGGUUAUCUCAGGCCUCAGGUUUUUUUUCUUCUGAAUCGUGUACAUUUACUUCAGUACAAAAAUUUAUUUUCAAUGCUACUUGAAUAAACUACAAACCUUCCAAAAUAGUACAAUAACAAAGUAAGAUUAGUCAAGUACUUUUCACCCCAGUCUGUAAAUAUAUUUCAGUAGAUGCGUGCAGACCUGUAAGGUUUCAGUUCAAGGUUUUGGUACAUGUUUUGGGAUGCUUAUCAUUUACAGGGUGCUAGGAAGUUAAAUUAAGAUGACUUUAUUUAAACAUACUUGCUCACCAAAACUCAAACUUUGCUGAUGUAACCAAGACCCUGAGCACUGAGAUGCCCAAAACCAAUCCUCAAAAGGUUCCUGGAUAAGAUUUUCAACAUUUCAGCUUGUUUUUCAGGUUGAGUUCAACCUCUCACUCUCCUGAGCCUGGGGUGCCCUCUGGUGGCCGCAAGAGCUGUAGAAACAUCUUCUAUUGCUGACUUCAGAAGAUAAUAGAGAGGUAAAAAUGAGUAGAGGAGGCUCACCUUAGGCGAAUGUUUGGUUAGUUAGCCACAGUGUUUAACCUCUAGAUCAGAGGUGUCCAAUCUUAUCCAGAAAGGUCCG